CACCACCGUCAGGAACAGCGUCUCGUUGUUCUAGUUUGACAUCUCAACACGACUAGACUAGCCAUAAUCCACCAUGUCGGCAAAGAUUGCAAAGACAAUAGCACGCCAGAAAGAGAAGAUCGCCGAGGGCAACUUUUACGAAGCUCAUCAACAACUACGAGUCAUCACCUCGCGAUACCUUAAAGCCACCGACUACCCUUCUGCCUGCGAUGUUCUGUUCAACGGAUCUCUCCUCCUACUGCGGGCUGGUCAAGGUGGAUCAGGAGGGGAUCUGGCCCUGAUGCUUGUCAACGAUGUGUACAUCAAAGGAGAAUGGACGUGCGACGACCCAAACAAGAAGAGACUGGUGGAGAUUCUACAGGCUUUCCCCAAGGACGAACCCACCCGCAAAAGAUUCAUCAGCGAGGCCGUCAGCUGGUCAAGCCGCUUUGGCGAUUUGGAAAGAGGCGAUCCUGACAUCCAUCAUGAGGCUGGAAAGCUGUAUGCCGAAGAAGGAGAAGCCUAUGAUGCGGAACGACAUCUAAUUCUUGGAACGGUACACUCACCUCGCAUUCUCGCGUCAUUACACUACACGUGGUAUCAAUUGGAUGCACCCCAUCUAGCACCCAUCUACGCCUCACGCUCAGUACUGCCAUAUCUGAUCGUCGGCAAUCUAGCAUCGGCCAACAGCGCGCUCAGCACCUUCACGUCCCACCUGACAUCACACAACCCUCACCUGCUGGCCAUGUCCCAACCGAUUGAGUCGGCCAAGUCUGGGACUAGUCUACGUAUUUUCCCUUCGAUUCCGUUGUUGAAUUUCCUGUCGCUAGUUGUCUUGGCGGCUCAAAAGGGCGAUGCUGGUCUGUUCCGGCAACUGGCCAAGUUCUACGCGCCUCACAUCAAGGAAAUGGAAGGCCUCUGGACGGAUGCUUUGGCCCAGAUUGGUGAAAUCUGGUUUGGAAUCAAGAUCCCCCGACAGGGAGGCAAUCCAUUGUUUGACAUGAUGGGCAGCAUGUUGUUUGGAGGAGGCGGCCAGGGCGGCGCUGCUAAGGGCAGUGGUUCGGGAAGCACGCCUCGUAGUGGAACCCCUAAACUCACCGCAGGGUCGACAGCAAAAAAGGAAGCAGAAAAGCCGCCGACUAUGGACCUGGAUUGAAGCCGAUGAAUGGUGGCUUUCUUCUCCUUGUUUAACCAUACUUUCGACGAGCAGGCAGAAAGACAGCCGUGAUCGCAGAAAACUGGCUAGGCAGGUAGCCAAUAUCGUCGACACAUCGACCAGAACGAGAUCUAAGUUGUGCUCGAGAUUCCUCUGUUCCAUAUCUAUGGCGCUAUUGGUGCCUGCUGUGUCCAUGUGA